CCCGUGUGCACAUGAAUCACCACAGUAAAUAAACACCACACCAAAGCAAACAUUCAUGCUCCACUUGUGUGACCCCCACCCUCCUCCUCCUCCUCCUCGUUAUAUAAACCGCCGGGAAACCCCUUCAGAGCCUUAGAGAGAGACACUCAGCUGGAGACUACUGAGACAGACAGCAGACUCAACCAGAGCACACCAGCCCCGGGAUCUACCGGUCAAAUGUUUUGGCGAUGUCUGAAUUACACUUUGUCUUCGAUGCGGGAUGCGCGUCUGUGCAUCUGAGCUGGGUCUGUCGUAGAAAGAGUUCCCUCUGGUCUUCAUCAGCCUCAGUGAGGAUGCAGUAGCGUGCUGCCGAUUGAUAACCGCAGUAGGGACUUAGAGGGGCGAGCUCAGACCGACCUUACUGUCCUUUUUGUAAUUCUGGCUCAGAGUCCAGGCGCCUGUUUGGUUCAAGUUUGUGGUUCUCAGAAACAAAAGGCCAUCGGUGAAGGUUUAUCUGAAGCCCAAAAAAAAAGGGCGUAAAAGCGACAUUUAAGGAAGAAAUCGACCGGUUUGACUUUAUUUUAGUGCCGUUUUUUUCCUGUGCUAAAAGUGGUUAAAGCACCACCUUGCAAAACGGUUUAAUCCCACCGCUGCCCGUCGGUCCAGCUCCUUCUCAUUUUGCCACCGGCACCAUGAUGUCCACUGUGCGCCGGCAUAGCCUCCGCCUGCAGACCGAGCUCCACCGGUGGAGCAUCUGCGACCCGGGCAGCCACUUGCUCCCGGACAGCCUCCUGGCCCGGGUCCCCGCCUGCAUCUCCCGUUCGAGGUCCUGCACCAGCUCCGCCGGGGAGUCGGACGGCAGCCGCGUGAGCUGGUCGUCCUCAGACUCGGUCAUCUCCACGGACUCCGCCGGGGAACCGGCGGCACCCGGGAGCCCGUACCGGGUGGUGCUGUUAGGGGCCGGCGGAGUCGGCAAGACGGCCUUCGCCAGCAUCUUCGCUGGGGCAGCAGACAGCAUGGACAGUGAUGACUGCGAGCUGUGUGGAGAUGAAAUGUGUGAAAAGACGAUUGAGGUGGACAAAGAGCCUGCAACUGUAACUCUGCUGGACACAUGGGAUGCAGAGACUGACAGCGAAUGGGCUCAGGAGUGCUGCAUGCAGACAGGCGAUGCCUACCUGUUGCUGUACUCUAUUACUGACCGGGCCUCGUUCCUGCGAGCUUCCGAGCUCCGGAUAACCCUGCGCCGCUUCCGUCCUGCUCAGCACACACCAAUCAUCCUGGUGGGGAACAAGUGUGACCUGGUGCGGCGCAGAGAGGUGUCAGUCAGUGAGGGCCGUGCCUGUGCUGCUGUGUUUGACUGCAAGUUCAUCGAAACCUCAGCUGCCAUGCAGCACAACGUCUGGGAGGCCUUCCACGGCAUAGUGCGACAGCUGCGUCUACGCCGAGACUCCAAGGAAGCCAACAAACGUCGCAGGCACAAAAACUGUAACACACGCCGCGAGAGUCUCCCUAUGAAGGCCAAGCGCUUCCUCGACAAGGUGGUGGCAAAGAACAACUCCAAUGUGGCGUUCUGGCUAAAAUCUAAGUCCUGCCAUGAUCUGUCUGUGCUGUAGGGGCCCAACAGACACCCGUUUUAACUCAACACCAAACCCUUGAGCAGGUGAACAGCCAGGAGAGCAGAAUUAGUGGACAUGGGCUGGAGGGAAGCCUGCUUCUAAUGGGGCCAAUAGUUGGGUUGGUUCCAACCCAGUCCUCACUUUGUUCACAUCCACCCUCGGCACAGCCAGGACAGUGUGCAUGGGAGGUGCUUAACACGCUUCUACGCUGCCGUUCAUAUGUUGUGGUCCACACAGGACUGAGCAGACUGACCUCACUUCGUCAGCCUUUCUAAUGGACUAGACAACCAGCUAAUGAAGUGACGUUUCUUGAAGACUUAUGUCUGUGUGGCAGAAAUGUUGGAUGUUUGAGCUGAGCCGCCGGCAGCGGUGAUGUUUCUUCAUUUCUGUGUUUUGAACAAAGACGUUAAUAUUUGCCUUUUCUAUCCUUUCAUCUUGUUCCUCAUCCUUUUGCUCUCAUCCCUGCCAGAUUUGUCGACUGUUAAUCUCUAAGUGCUAAGAUUACCAUUUGUAAGAUACGGAUGAUUAAGUGUGAUUAAUGUCUCUAAUUUUUGUAUGAUGAUCAGUGAGUAGUUAUUCUGACAUUAUUUAUAAUCUGUUGUAUUUUGCACUAUUUGUAAAUAAAUACCAGAUUGAUAAUAUACCGUAUUUUGCUACUUGGACGUAGUUUCAGUGUUUCUUGAUGAUAUAAAGUGACAACAUGAUUUGGAGGCAAAACAGUUCCUUUUGCCUUUUUGUCAUCUCAUACCUCACUAAUGAGAUAUUACCAUAGGUGACUCAGCUGUAACACAAAAGACACUUUGUACAACAGGGUUUAACAGCAACACAACUGA